GUAAAUAUGUCAUAUAGCUAGCAAUUUUCAAUUAUAUUGGUUGGUGACACAUGUAUGUAUAUAGUUAUUAUUCUAUUUAGGUGUUGGUAAAACAAGUCUUCUUUACCGAUUUAAAAAUAGUGAAUUCAAAUAAAAUUAGAUAUAAGCUACUUUUGGUGUGAAUUUUGAAUUGAAAAUUAUAUAGUUGGAUGAUUUAAACAUUCAAUUAAAAAUUUGGGACACAGUAUUCUUAAAUAACAUAUUUGUAUAGGCUGGAUAAGAAAGAUGUUAAUCUUUUACUAAAUCUUUUUUUCGAUCUACUCUUGGUGUAAUAAUGGUUUAUGAUAUUACGAGAAGCUCUACCUUAAAAACUAUUUCUCAAUGGUUAGAAUAAAUUAAACAAGAUGAUAAUUUUGAUUUUAGUCUUACUCUUGUUGGUAAUAAAAACGAUUUGGAAGAAUAGUAAAUUAUAUAUUCAUAAUUUUUAGACGAGAGGUUUCUAAAGCUGAAGCAAUAACAUUUGCAAGAAAUAAUGACAUUGAUUUUUUAGAAGUUAGUGUUAAAACAGGGGAAAAUGUAGAAGAAGUAUUUCUUAAGACUGCCAAAAAUAUUUUACAAAAAAUAGAUAAUAAUAAAAUCGACCUCUCAAAAUAAAGUAAUGGAAUCAGAAUUGGAUCAGAAAUAAACAUUAAAAAAUAAUUAAAGCUUCAGCCAAAAAGUAAAGAAAAUAAAGGCUGUUGUUGA